AUUGUGAAUUUUUUUUGAUUUUUUUUUUUUUGAUAAUGGAAAAUAAUAAUUUAAUAUCUCAAUAUGGUGAUGAUUGUCGUAAAUCAAUAUUGCCUAAUAAACAUAAACGUCAAUUAAACCACAAUAAUAAUAAUAAUGAUGAUGAUGAUGUUGUUGAUCCAACUACAAACAAACGAAAUCGAAAAACUAUCACUAUCGAUGACAUUAUUGAUGGAUGUUAUGGUUUUUUCUUAAACGAAAUACCCGAUCGACCUGAUAAUCAAUUGAAUGGUUUUCAUACAAUUAGCCUAAAAUCAAUAUUAUCAAAUGAAAAUGGAAAGAUAAUCGAAUCUAUUCAUUUUAAUUUUUUAUACAAUCUUGAAUGGCUUAUCGAUCACUAUCCAGCCAAUUGUCGUAAUUCUCCCAUUUAUAUUGUUUUUGGUAAUAGUCCUCAAUCAAGAAUUGAAUCAUGUUCAUAUUCAAAUGUAAAAUUAUGUAGCAUUAAAUUGAAUGGAAUUUAUUCUUGUCAUCAUUCGAAAAUGAUUAUAUUACAUUAUGAAGAUGAUUCCAUUCGGAUAAUUAUUCUUACAGCUAAUAUGACUCCAUUGGAUUGGUAUACUGUUACACAAGGUAUAUGGAUUAGUCCUAAAUUGAAAAAGAAUAACUUGAAAGAAGAUACAUCAAAAACAAAUUUCAAAAAUGAUCUGAUUCAAUAUUUAAAGGCUUAUGAACAUAAAUCUAUUGUAAUGUGGAUCAAUAUUAUCCAAGAAUACGAUUUUUCACCCAUCAAUGUAUUUUUAAUUGGCUCAAUUUGUAAUUCACAUGGAAAUGAUGAUCGUGAAUCAUUUGGCCAUUUGAAAAUUCGAAAAAUAUUGCGAACAAGCCAUUAUGGACCUACCAACGAAAUAAAAAAUUGGCCAAUCAUUUGCCAAUUUAGUAGUAUUGGAUCAUUAGGUAAAACACCACAGUCAUGGCUAACUGCACAAUUUUUGGCUUCGUUUUCAGCCACAUAUAAUGAUUUCAAUGGCAUUAAACCGGAACUAAAAUGUAUUUAUCCAACUAUUGAAGAUAUAUUGAAUAGCCUGGAUAAAAAUGGAACUUGUUUUCCAUAUGUCAAAUCAACGGCUGAUAAACAGCCAUAUUUGAAUGAUUUUUUCUAUCGAUGGAAAGCAUCCAUAUCUGAUCGUAAUAAUGUCAUGCCACAUAUAAAAACGUAUGCACGUAUAUCACCGGAUAAUAGAAAAAUGGCCUGGUUUUGUCUUACAUCGGCUAAUCUAUCGAAAGCUGCAUGGGGACAUUUAGUUAAAAUUGGAUCAAAACUUCGGAUUUUGAAUUACGAACUUGGUGUACUGUUUUUGCCAAAAUUGAUGAUAAAUCAAGAUUCAUUUAGUAUUAGCCAAAAUAAUCCACUUUUCUUGCCUUAUGAUCUUCCAUUGGUUAAAUAUGAUCCAGAAAAUGAUAAACCAUGGAUCAAUAAUAAUAAUAUUAAUACUUUCACGAAAUAGAUCAUCAUAAUAUAAUAAUAAUUCUCAUCAUUUCUUUCAACCGACAAAAUGUCUAAAAAUCAUCCUGCUGUCUAUGCUGAAU